AUGGGUUAUAUUACUCCAACACCAACUCCUACUCCUACUCCAACAAUGACACCUACUCCAACUCCUACUCCUACUCCCACUCCUACACCUACACCUACACCUACUCCUACUCCUACUCCAACUCCUACUCCCACUCCAACUCCUACUUCCACUCCCACUCCCACUCCAACUCCUACUCCCACUCCCACUCCCACUCCCACUCCCACUCCUACUCCUACUCCUUCUCCUACUCCUACUCCUACUCCUACUCCAACUCCUACUCCAACUCCUACUCCAACUCCUACUCCUACUCCUACUCCUACUCCUACUUCCACUCCUACUCCAACUCCCACUCCAACUCCCACUCCUACUCCUACUCCAACUCCUACUCCUACCACUUUGCCUCCUACUGAGGCUCCUACCACUUUGCCUCCUAUUGAAUGUGGCGAGAGACAGUUCGCGGUUACGGUUACCCGUACUUGUGGAAAGUUUGGAUCUGAAGAAUCGGUCAGCAUUUAUGAAGGAACUAUUUUAUCUGGUAGUCGCGUUUAUCAGGAAACUACUUGUACUGCUGGUACCUUCUAUUUCUGCAUGAGACCUAUGCAGCACACGAUUGUGUUGAUGGAUAGCGCUCGUGAUGGUUGGGUUGUUAACUCGUCUAUUGUAUUGAAGAGCGGAGGUAUGUCUCUUUCUUACACUUUGGAUACUGGAAGUUCUGUUACGUAUACAUUCAAUCUGACUCCUUCUGGGGUUCCUACUGAAAUUCCCACUACUGCUGGUCCUACUACUCUUCCUCCUACUGAGGCUCCCACUACUCCUGCUCCUACUACUCUUCCUCCUACUGAACCGAUUCCUGAGUGCGGAGAGGACAAGUUGCUGCUCGAGAUUAUUCGUGUAUGUGGUACUUAUCCUGAAGAAGAACGAGUCGAUAUUUAUCAAGGAACAGAUCGUCCUUUCACGGGUACUCCUGUAUACAAUGAGUCUGUAUGCACGGAUGGAACUCAUUAUCUGUGCAUCAAUCGUGUUGCUCACACGAUUGAAUUGCGUGAUUCUGGAUAUGAUGGAUGGACUGGUAAUUCAUAUAUUACUUUGAAGAGUGGUUACAUGUCUAUGACUUACACUUUGACGGCUGGAGGUUCAUAUGCUUAUCACAUCUUUGAUAUGACUCCUACUGUUACUCCUCCUGAACCUAUUCCUACCACUGCUGCUCCUACUACUUUACCUCCUACUACUCUUCCUCCCACGACUUUACCUCCUACUACUCUUCCUCCUACUGAGCCGAUUCCUGAGUGCGGAGAGGACAAGCUAUUGCUCGAAAUUGUUCGUGUGUGUGGUACUUAUCCUGAAGAAGAACGAGUCGAUAUUUAUCAGGGAACAGACCGUCCUUUCACGGGUACUCCUCUGUACAGUGAGUCUGUAUGCACUGCUGGAACUCAUUAUGUGUGCAUCAACCGUGUUGCUCACACGAUUGAGCUGCGUGAUUCUGGCUAUGAUGGAUGGAAUGGUAACUCGCAUGUUACUUUGAAGAGUGGUUAUAUGUCUAUGACUUACACUUUGACUGCUGGAGGUUCAUAUGCUUAUCAUACCUUUGAUAUGACUCCUACUGCUGGUCCUACUGAACCUAUUCCCACUACUGCUCCCACUACUGCUGCUCCCACGACUCUUUUCCCUGAAUGCAGCGAAGACCAGCUUUUGCUUGAAGUCCGUCGUACUUGUGGACCUUCUGGUGAAGAAGAAGGAUUUGAAAUUUAUGAAGGAAAGGAUACAAAUGGAAAUGCUCUUAUUGCUCAGGCUUCUUGCACAACUGAGGUUCGAUACUUGUGUGUCAAUCCUGUUGAGCACACUUUGGUGAUGCGUGAUUCUGGCCUUAAUGGAUGGUCUAUGGGCUCUAUUUUGAUUUUGAAGAGCGGAGAUCUUUCUCUGGAAUUUGUAAUGGAAAGUGGAUACCUUCAAACGAACUCGGUCUUCAACUUUGGUAUGGCUUACACUGAAUUCCCUACGACUAUGGCUCCCACUGAUGAUACUCAAGAACAGUUCCAAAUCAUGUUGAUUCGUUCUUGUGGUAACUCGUCGGAUUCUGAAAGCUUUACGAUUUAUGAGGGAGCUACGCGUGACCAUGCUAUCUAUAGUCAGACUACUUGUGCUUCUGGUGUGGUGAACCUGUACAUCACUCGCGGUCUCUACACGCUUGUGAUGACGAAUUCGAAUGGACAGGUUUGGGCUGAGAAUUCGAUGGUUCGUAUUUUCUACGGCAGUUUGCUUGGAUCGUACAUGAAGGUUGUUGUGGGUGCUGAAGAGUCUGCAGUGUUUGCUCUUCCUGAAGUGAUUGAGGCUGGUACUGCUUGGAAAUACUCUUCGGAGGCCAUGGUGGGCACGAGCUGGACCACGGAGAAUGUGAAUUGGAGCUUGACCUCGGAGUACCCGGCUAUUUCUUCGAUCACGCGUUACUUCCGUCAGAGCUACACGUUGUUUGGAGCUGGAUUCAGAUCUGUGAUCAUCCAGGUGAAGACGAACGGUGGCUUUGUGUUCUAUGUGAACGGAAUCGAGGCUUCUCGCUUCAACUUGCCCGCUGGAGAGAUUACUGCAACGACGCAGGCUACCGAACUGAAGGAGAGCAAUGUGUAUCGUAUUCUCCGCCUGUCCCUGGACGCUUAUUCUGCUGUGAAUGGUGUGUACGAAUUCGCUGUGGAAAUGCACGCUGCUGAGGGUCAGAUUGGUCAGGCCGAACACUACGAGUGCUCUGUGGAGUUCACGAUCUAUGAGCAAUCGCUGGUUGGAAGCGGUCAGGCUACUUCGAACCUACCUGGUAUGUUUGGAUAUUGGAUUCAGAACCUGUUCGAUAACUCGGUUUCUACCAAAUAUCGCGUCGCUGUGACGAACUCAGAUUUCCCUGUGGAAGUGACCUACACGUUCCCCGAGGGCGAUGCGAACACGAUGAACAAGUAUGUGCUCACCAACGGCGGUUCAAUAUCUGCGGCUUGCAAUACGUGGAAGAUCUAUGGUAGAGUGAAUGAAGAUAGUGAUUGGGUGAUGCUGGAUAGCCAGGAUAGUGUGGAGUGGGAAACAGCCGCUCAAUCUCUGAGUUUUACUGUGAAUAACCUGAAUGCUUACAAUGCCUACAUGUUCCAGUGCAACGCGUUUGUGAAUAUUGAUAAUACCAAUUAUGGAGGUCAGCUGGAUAUGGCUGAAUGGAAAUUAAUUCUUGCUUAA